AUGCCAGAAGCAGUUCCUCUAAAUCAGAGCGAGAUUGCUGACGCGAAAUUAAAGACGGGUACGAGUGAAAUUCAUAGUAUAAUAACUGGUGAGAAUUUGAGCUUUCCGUCCACAACUGUUGGCGCCACACCAAAACCAGAAGCAAUUGUAAGACCAUUGAGACGACGAGAGCCAUCAGAUGAUGACAAUCGUUCACCGGAUGUAGAAAAUUUGGAGGCACAAAUAAUCGAUAAAUUGACAAAGUUGGAAAAGCCACAGAAAUUGCAGCGACAAUCGAGUCGAGAAAGUGAUAGAAAAGCUCAAAACAGUAGACGAGGUUUAAAGGAAGCAUCAUCCGAUGAAUCUAUAAUUAAACGUCCACUAUUCGUAACCACAGUACCUCGUGGGAUUUUCCUUCAACCGCAACCAAUUGUGAAAGAAAUAGUGGCGAAAGCACGUCAUGUUUAUGCAUAUGCUAGCCACCCACGAAUUCUUAACGUUGAUCAUAAGCAACGGCGUGAAAUUCUUUCCAAACAAAGCAGUAUUAAUAGCACAUUCAAUCAAAUCAUUCAUCGGAAUGUGAACUUAAUAAGUAAAAAUAUUAAAACAUUUGACGAUCAGAUCGAUGCUCGAUUUGAGAAGGCUGAUGAUGCAGUUUAUAAAAUUACGGGUGUUAAAAUUACAAGGACAAGAGAGAGUCAGCCAUGUCAAAAUUUGAUGUACGAUCGUCGGGUGGUUCGAGGAAGUAACUUUGCCUCAACAAAUCUCCAAGUUGCUGAGUGUGAAAAUAUAAGAAAAGAGGAAGAAGCAAAGCGAAGGCAAAUUUUAAGGAAACGUCAAGUGUCGCGAAAUCAACGAGGAGUCAUUGGUACACCACCACCAGUUAAAGGCAGAAAGCACGAAACAAUACAAACAGAGAAAUAUUUAGAAGAAUUAUUUUCACGUCCACCAGAAAUUGAGCAAUCUUGUCAAACAGAUCUUUUCUUACAACGUCCACCAACACCUCUAUACGUAACAGCAAAAAUUGGAGUCGAUGCAUCAACAGAAAUCGUUGACGGAGAAUUAUUUGACUUUGAUAAUGAAGUCCAUACAAUUCUGGAGUCACUAAUAGGUACCACAUUGCAGCAAGCUUUAACAGAGGUUGUCCAUGAAGAGGAAAUUGCAGAUCUUCGAGAGCAGCAACAUAAAAUGUUGGCAAAUCGAGAAGUUGAAAUGGCUGAAUUGAGACGACUUGAGAGUAAGGAGAUUAUGCUGCAAAGUGAAAAGACCCGCUGUAAGUUUGAAGAGGACGAGCGAGAAGUCAUGCACCUUCAAUUAAAUCAACGCAUAACAGCGGCAAAGUUACUUCAAGGACACAUUGCAGAUCUCCUACCCAGCGUUCUAGAAUCAAUAGAAUCGGUACGAGAUGCUGAAAAUAAGGAAGACUUGCAGCAAAAAUUGACACCAUGGCUAGCUGAGGAGGUUGCAUCUGAAAUUGGACAGAUGGUGGAUUCACAGGAACUUUUAUUGGAAAUUGUAAAGGAAGUUUUACAACACAGGGCAGAAAUUUAUGCAAAUUUUGAACAAGACGAUGACAUGUGA